AUGGAAGGCCUCACCGCAUCAUCCAGGAUCGCGCUCCUCGUGUUUCUGCUCAGCGUGGUGGGCGCCGCCGCACACGGCCGCAAGAGGGUCGUCUCGAGCAGCUCCGACGAGCCGUGCACGAAGAUGACGCUCUACCUCCACGACAUCCUCUACAACGGGGUCAACAACUCCGCGAACGCGACGGCGGCACCGGCGACCAAGCCGACGGCGCUGAGCACGACGCACUUUAGCAACGGCACCUUCUUCGGCAUGCUGGUGGUGUUCGACGACCUGGUAACCCAGGGGAAGGCGCUGCCCGUCGGGGACGAGGAGCCGGCGGCACGCGCGCAAGGGUUCUACUUCUACGACGAGGAGACGCGCGACUUCACCGUCGUUGGCGGCACCGGCGACUUCUUCAUGGCGCGCGGCAUCGCAACGAUCCGCACCGAUGAUGUUCAGGGCUCCUUCUACUUCCGUCUGCAGAUGGACAUCAAACUCUACGAGUGCUACGUCUGA